CGCGGGGGGAAGGAGGCGAAGGGAGCCGAACGCAGCGGGGCCGAGCGGAGCCGAAGCGAUCGCAGCCAAGAUGAACGCGGUGCUGGCUGUCAAACAAUACGUGUCCAAAAUGAUCGAGGACAGCGGGCCGGGCAUGAAGGUGCUGCUGAUGGACCGGGAGACGACCGGGAUCGUCAGCAUGGUGUACACGCAGUCCGAGAUCCUGCAGAAGGAGGUGUACCUCUUCGAGCGCCUCGACUCUCCCAACAGGGAGGCCAUGAAGCACCUGAAGGCCAUUUGCUUCCUGAGACCCACCAAGGAGAACGUGGAGUUCCUGAUCCAGGAGCUGCGGAGGCCCAAGUACAGCAUCUAUUUCAUUUAUUUCAGUAACGUGAUCAGUAAGAGUGAUGUCAAGGCGCUGGCUGAGGCUGAUGAGCAGGAAGUUGUGGCUGAAGUUCAGGAGUUCUACGGCGAUUACAUCGCGGUGAACCCACACGUGUUUUCACUCAACCUCUUGGGCUGCUGCCAGGGUCGUAGCUGGGAUCCAGCUCAGCUCUCCAGGACAACUCAGGGCUUGACUGCUUUGCUUUUGUCCCUGAAGAAAUGUCCCAUGAUUCGCUACCAGCUCUCCUCAGAACCAGCCAAGAGGCUUGCUGAGUGUGUGAAGCAAGUCAUCACCAAGGAGUACGAGCUCUUCGACUUCAGGCGCACUGAGGUUCCCCCUUUGCUUCUCAUCCUGGACAGAUCUGAUGAUGCCAUCACCCCACUCCUCAACCAGUGGACGUACCAGGCCAUGGUUCAUGAACUUCUGGGGAUCAACAACAACCGCAUCGACCUCUCCCGGGUCCCAGGGAUCAGCAAGGACCUGAGGGAGGUUGUGCUCUCUGCUGAGAAUGAUGAGUUUUAUGCCAACAACAUGUACCUCAACUUUGCUGAGAUUGGCAGUAACAUCAAGAACCUGAUGGAAGAUUUCCAGAGGAGGAAACCCAAGGAGCAGCAGAAACUGGAAUCCAUUGCAGAUAUGAAGGCUUUUGUGGAGAAUUACCCCCAGUUCAAGAAGAUGUCAGGGACAGUGGCCAAGCACGUGACGGUGGUGGGCGAGCUCUCCCGCCUGGUUGGCGAGAGGAACCUCCUGGAGGUGUCUGAGGUGGAGCAGGAGCUGGCCUGCCAGAACGACCAUUCCAGUGCUCUCCAGAACGUGCGUCGCCUGCUGCAGAACCCCAAGGUGACAGAGCUGGAUGCUGCCAGGCUGGUGAUGCUCUAUGCCCUCCACUAUGAGAGGCACAGCAGCAACAGCCUCCCGGGGCUGCUGGCAGAGCUGAGGACCAGGGGAGUGGCAGAGAAGUACAGAAAGCUCGUGGCGGCCGUGGUGGAGUACGGAGGGAAACGGGUGCGGGGCAGCGAGCUCUUCAGCCCCAAGGAUGCUGUGGCCAUCACUAAGCAGUUCCUCAAAGGCCUGAAGGGUGUUGAGAAUGUCUACACCCAGCACCAGCCUCUCCUGCAGGAGACACUCGAUCAGCUCAUCAAAGGCAAACUCAAGGACAAUCACUUCCCCUACCUGGGGCCUAACACUCUCCGGGACAGGCCCCAAGAUAUUAUUGUGUUCAUCAUUGGGGGGGCAACCUAUGAGGAGGCACUGACUGUCUACAACCUGAACCGCACCAACCCGGGGGUCCGGGUGGUCCUGGGUGGGACCACGAUCCACAACACCAAAAGCUUCCUGGAGGAGGUGACAGCUUCAGGGUUCCGUGGCAGAGGCACUGAGAGCUCCCAGGUCACCCCACGGACAAGCAGCAGAAGAUGAAUCUUGGGGCAAUCAUCAUCUCACCCAUCCAACCCCCUCUCCAGAGGAGAAUUCCAACAUUCCCAACAACCUCCAGAAGGAGCUGCUGAACCAGGAACUGCACCAAACUCCAGUGCCCAGCCCCAGAAGUGGCUCCCUGAGGUGCUGGAGCUGGAAACUCCAGGAAAAGCUGGGAAAAAAGUCACCCCCAGGUCUCAGGAGCUCUGAGGACACAGGAUCUGGGUCCCCUCCUGGGCCACCAGGAGCUCUCUGUGCCCUCAGCUGUGGAUUUUGAGUCCUAUUAAAAGAAGUUUUGACUGA